AUGAGUCGCCAAAUCCUACUCAGUCCGCUUCUGCGAGCCUCGCUCCCUCGCGCCGUGCGGAGAGAUCUCACCAGUCAAUGGUUUCCCCGGUUGAAGACAACGAACGCCGCCCCAAAACCGCCCAGGAACGACGUCCCAUACCUCAAAACGAAACAGACUGAUGCCGUACCGCUUCGCACCGUGAACAAGUCGUCGACGACGCAUGCGCACAACGCCCUGCGGAAAGGCCUCGGAGGAAUGCCGGAGCGCAUCUUGAUCUUCCAUGCUGGAACAACCAAACCGCUCUUCUUAGGGGCCAUACGGAUCACGGCCCUUUGCCUUAUGGUAGCUUCGGGUCUGCUCAUCGUGCCGGCCUAUAAAGAAGGCCAACUCCCGUUGUGGCUGGCGACAACCCUUGCCAUAGGAUCCACGAUACCGUUCUUCGUGGUCACUUGGACCUCUGCACCCUUUGUGAACUUUAUCUAUCUCUCCCUCCCCAUGUUUGCUCGACGAUCGAGGGACCAAACCCUACAAUAUGCGAAGAACCUGCCGCCGACAGCGACGCUCAGUAUAAUCACCACGGAUGCGACCUUUGUUCCCCGCACCACCACGGUCCGUCUUGGUGACCUUGUCCCUGGCAAGUCGACCCUUCGCCCGGUCGACUUUCGCGACACUAAGCGUGGGCCCGCUCUUACGCUGAAGGGGACGCCCGAUGUAUUUUAUGCUCCCCCGACCACCAAGAAAGGCAAACAAACGCCGGCCUACUGGCCCGGGCUGUGGGAUCAUGUGUAUCAACAGAUCCAGAAUAAUACCCGCCGGACCUGA